GAAAGUUUAAAAAGCACAUGUACAAAAAAAAAAAUUAUUUUAUUUUAGCAACAGUGAAACAAAAGAAUGAAUUUAUGUUUGGGAGAGGUAAAUAUGAAGCUUCUAGAAUUGGCCAUGGCUGGUUGGGAUACCUUCUGUUUAUUGGUUCUCCGCCCUUUUCUCGCCACGGUAUUUGUUCUCACUGUGAUUGGUUUAGGAUGGGUUGUGGCUUGGAAGGUAUUGCUGGUCAGAGUGCCUGUCAUACAGGAGAUAUUUGGAUUGAAGAAGAAUUCUCCAAAAAAAACUAAGCCUGUUACUCGCCGAUUGUCUGAAUAUUACAGCAAAAGACAUUCAGCUUCUGGAAAAUAUUCUUGAAGAUGUUUGACAUUGAAGUGACUGUCAUGGCAAAGAGUUUAAAUUAUUAUUUGAUUGCAAGAUUACGGGAUAAAUCAACUUCAAUUGCUCUGAGUUCAUAAUUUAUUUGGCGGUGGUGGUCAAUGGAAAAUAUGAAAGGAGAUUCUUGAUUGUUGGAUCAUGAAAAGCUGAAUCAAUUUGGAAUGUUUUAGAAAGUGACCGUGCCAGGCAUCAAAUGAUGUCUAUCACUACCUGUGUGGCUUGAUGUGUGUGCAUCAUAUCUUUGCACUUCAUGCAUAACAAUGUAUACUCUUUCCAUGUUGUCAGUUUUGCCAAUGUAUAAAAUUCGGGGCAAGUAACUUCAAAAAUCCUCCUAAAUCCUAUGACAUCAGUGAACUCCAUUUAGUAUCAGUUCUUGAGGUGGUUAUGAGAGAAUUCUGAUGCUCUGCUAGAAUCCAGGUUACAUGUAUAUAAGCAUCAAAUUAGAAAAGUGGCAUUUUCAUUAGGUAAGGCUUCUUUUUGGAAAAGACAAUCUCUCUCUCUCUCUCUCUCUGUGGGUGUGUGUGUGUGUGCGUGCGUGCGCACUGAAGAAGAAUGCAAAGAAGGCAACAAUAACCAUUCAAGAGGUGUUCUUGGUAACCUCCCUCUCCAAACCAUCUUACUGGUUUUCUAUUAUGUUAACAUCGAUUAUGAAAUGUAUUUUGACACUGAUUAUGAAAAUGUAAAGAAGGUGAUUGUUUCCA